CGGGCGGAGGAGGAUAAACCCUGGGGGUGUGUCUCUUUGGUUUUAGAUAAUCUAAUCCCUUUGAGACUCCAAGCAAACUUGUUUUUUCAGCAAAAUAUUGUCUCAGAACGUCACUUCAAGCUGCAAAAGGUAGAGACGGAGCCUUGCCUCUGUGUUGGCAGCAGCUGCAGUGACCGAGGGGCCAAACUGGAAACCUAAGAUGGAGAAGAAUUUGGCAAGAAGCAAGAUGCUCUUCUCAGUAUUGUUGGCUGCUAUUUCGUAUACCACAUUUGUUGAAGCUUUGCAGUGUUACUCGUGUAAAGAGCUGACUACAGCUUCGCAAUGCAUGACCAUUGUCAACUGCUCGGCGGAGGAUACCAUGUGCAAGACCACCAUGUACUCCCUUGAGGAUGUUUAUCCUUUCCUGGGCGAUUCCACCGUCACCCGGGCUUGUUCUACAAAAUGCGAACCUUCCGAUGUGGAUGGCAUUGGCACAACGCGCCCCGUGACCUGCUGCUUCACCGACCUCUGCAAUUUUGAUGGCGCGACCAGCAUCCAAAUGAGUUACAUCCUGUUGGGAAGCUCCAUAGCAUCCUUCUUCAUCCUACUUGGGUACCAAUGGUGAGGCAGAAGGCCAAGGAGGCAGAUAUUGAAGUUUCUGAUGUCAUUUUGUCAAGUUAUUUCAACACACAGUCCCCAUUCCCUCCUAGAAAGCCAUGUCUCCGCUUGGCUUUUCCUAAUGUUUUGGACUUUUGUUUUGAUCACCAGGGAAAUAAACUGGCACAAAGCUAACCUUCUCACUAAGUAGAACAAGAUGGCUGCUUCAGGAUUCAAAGUGGGGCAAACUGUUUGUAGUAGACUUCAUUUUAUUUUCGCUACCAGUGAUGGGAAGAAACGGUUGCAGGACUUUGUGCUUUGGGUGUCAAAAUAGCAUAGCUGGCUUUGAUCCUGGGCGUCUUUAUUUGGGAGGAGCUGCCUCAGGUGGGAGGAUACCUUGGGUCAACCGUGCGUGAAAGAGAGCUGGAGUGAUUUAGAAUAACACAAACAUAAAGUUGGAAGGAACGCCCAAGGGAGAUCCAGUCCAACCCCGUUCUGUCAGGCAAGAAGACACAAUCACUACUUGCUCUGAAAAAAAAAAGCAACUUUGCUUUCUCCAAUCAGAAAUGUCAACAUUAUACCAUUUGGAGAUGACACUACAGUAGUGGUAGCAAUGUUAAUGGGUUGUGAGUCCAUUCUAGGUUUUAGUCCAGAUUCUGCAAGAUGCAUCCUUGUGUAGUUUCAGCAAAAUAAGAUGCAUAUCUUGAAUUUCUGAACCAACCAUAAGUUCAAGCAAAGGAGGUUCCAUACCUGGACUAAAAGCCAGAACGGAUACGCUGUCCAUCUGACAUCAGACAUACCAGCUACCAAUGGGGGACAAUGCUUGUUGCUUCUUUUGAACUCUGCAUUUCACACCUGAUUUUGAAGAUUUAUGUAUAUUUUGGAAUUUGUGUGCCUAUGAGCUACAUUAACCAUAGCCAAGGAAGAAGAUUAUAUUGUCAGUCUACAUGUCACAGGGAUGGAGGAUUAAUAAAGCCAGUAAAACUUC